AUGACGCCUGGAUCAUUCACUCAGUCUGACGUUGUGCAAUGCUACCUUCCACCAGUCUUGCAAGGUCUGGUGAGCAUUUCGGUACACAUCGGUAACCACCACAGCCAAGGCCUGGGAUUCUUGGUGUAUGAGCCUAUGAAGGUGUCUGCUGUGCUUCCUUCUGAAGGGCCCACUGCAUUGAAGUCCAUGGUGACGAUAUUGGGCUCUCACUUCCUCGCGGAAGCCGGGCUUGCGUGCUGGUUCGAUCAGACACCUUCGAGCGAACCAGCUCAAGUCUUGACGUCUACAUCUUUGACCUGCGUCGUCCCGGCAUUACAAGCUGACGGCGUCCAAGUGACAAUCAGAAGCAUGGAUGACAAGGUGCAGGGAGAGAGUGUGCAGUAUCUGCUGAAGCAGGUCCCACACAUCAAGAACGUCCAGCCGACACAAAGCGAUAGUGCCACAGAUCUCAUCACGUUGAUUGGCGAGGGGUUCAGCGGUUCUUUGCUACAGUACUGCCGGUUUGGGUAUCAGCAUCUACGAUCAAGGUUGACGCCGCUUUCGGCCUCGGCAGUUGUGUGUGAGCGACCAACGAAGGCCGUGGGCAACAUGUCGUUGACCUUGGAGUCAGAGGAUUCGAGUCACAAGAGCAUGCCAUACACGAUCAUGUUUCACUCUCGUGAAUCUGUGAUGACCGCACAGCCGUCCAUGGCAGACGUGAGUGGCGGCACAGCGGUCUACGUCAGCGGGGUAUUCCCUCCGCAUGCUUCAAUCGAAUGCGUGUUUGAUCAGCUCAGAGUCAAGUCGUCGCUCAUCUCGUCCACUCAGGUCAGGUGCACAGCUCCCCCGCAUGAUGCAGGGGAGGUCCAUCUCGAGCUGCUGAUAGGAAACAAGCGAUCACUUGUAACGAGCUCGUUCUCUUUUGUUGACGCUGGAGUCCCAGAAAUAUCCAACGUGAUACCUCGGCGAGCUUUAUCCAACAAAGGAGGAGUGGUGACGAUAUACGGUCAGAAUUUCUUGCCUGGACUAAGCCUCUGCGAGGUCGGCGGAGACAGCACUGCAGUCAUGGGAGACUCCAGAUCGAUGGUGACAUGCAAUCUUUCUCCACAGCCCCAGGGGAAGUAUGAGCUAUCAAUAUACACACCUGCAGUAGAUGGCUUCUCAAACAAGAUACUCAUUUCAUACGAAGCAGCCCCGACGGUUUCUGGAUAUGUGAAUGGGGUACUUCACUCAUCCAUUACAGUGAUCGGGUCUCAUUUCUUGUCGGUGGAGGACCUUGUCUGCCGUUUGAACGCCUCGUCAUCUCAAUCUCAACCCGGACAGUGGCUGUCAUCCAGUCUGGUGAAGUGCUCGAUUCCCCAACGCCAUGAAGGUCCGACAACGCUGAGCGUCUCGAUGUCUGGGCUUGAUGAGUGUGUUGGAGAUGUCGUGUUUGAGGCUGUUCCAAGAUCGAGGGCAAUCUUGAUCACUCCUACCAUUGGUCCAUUGGGAGGUGGUACUCGGGUUGAGGUGUCGGCAAGCGACUUUCCACAGAGAGGUGCUUUAUGCUGGUUUGGGCAGCUAGCGGUCGAAGCAGAAGUAGUUGAGAGCGACAAGGCUUAUUGCAUAACACGAGCAGUCGAAUAUCCAGGAGCCGUCAAGUUCGGAAUAGGACAAGAGCGGGAGGAAAGGGACAGCCUUGACCUGAUCUUUGAGUUUGCGAUGCCUCCGAGCAUUUCUGGUAUCCAUCCUUUGCAAGUGCCACGAGUAGACAACACGAUUGUGGAGGUAGAAGGAGUCAACUUCAGAGAGGACUCCAUGUGGCUCUUCUCGCAUCAGACGGGCAGCAUCACGGUGUUUGGCCGUGGCUUCGACUAUAAGUCAGAAUACUGGUGCGACUUCCGACAUGAUGAAGCGCAUCCGCAACUGGCAGUCUGGCUGACCUCGACUAAGCUUGCUUGCCUGUCGCCGAGUCAGACGCCAGGGGAAAAGCUGCUGUAUGUCUCUCAAGAUGGCGGCGCGAUGACAUCAGAGCUCGUGCUGGAAGUGAUAGCAGCCCCUGAGAUCACAGAUGUAGUGCCAUCGCUAGGGGUGACCUCCGUUCCUACAAGGCUGGAGGUUGUGGGAUCAGGCUUUCAAGACGGGUUUCUCUGCUGUAUGGGCACGACCGUCUUGCCUUCGUCGGUUGUGUCUGACAGCAAGAUUGAGUGCACAAUUCCUGCCACAGCCGUCCCGGAGGAUCUGACGAUUGGCAUAGGCAUGGAAGAUACUGAGUGCACAGAGCAUCCGAGCGGUCAAGUGCGGAUCAUGGAGGCGUGCUCUCUAGUUUCAGCGUUGCCAGACGUGGGCUCCUCAAGCGGGAGGAACGAAAGCGUCAUUCUGACAGGAAAGGGGUUUGUGAAGGAACAAGAUCGUGAGUGCUGGUUCGGGGCGGCGAAGUCGACGAGCUUGUGGCUCUCGUCAAGCCUCGUGACCUGCGAGCUGCCGCCGCAUCCAGCAGGCUCAGUGGUGAUAUCGCUAUCUAUGCAAGGAGUGAAGUACUGCGAGAGCAGCUUCAACUUCACCUACCUUGGCGAAGCAUCGGUACAAGCUAUCAGGCCAUCGGCUGUUUACGAGACUGGAGGCACUGAGGUCACGCUGUCGGGGCACUUCAUGCACAGGGUCACCUUUGAGUUGCUGGUAGGCGACCAUGCGAUGUCUUGUCAAGUCCAAGACUCGGACCAGGCCACAUGCGUGACCCCCCCCAAGCUCAAGGGAGUCUAUCGCCUGAGACCCUCGGCACACAGCAUGGAAAUCAACCCAGCGUGUGUAGUACGAUACGUGGGCUUACCCUCUGUGUCCAGCAUACAUCCAACGUCAGGCCCCAGCCAGGGAGGGACACGUUUGCUCCUCGAGGGAGAAGACUUCGAGGCUGAGAUGUUGCUGUGUGCGUUUGCAAGAGUGCGAGUGUGGGCAGAGGUACGAUCGAGUACUGUCUGUGAGUGUGUUGCGCCAGCGUCGUCUGAGGGAGGAGGGAGGACGAGCCUUCGCCUUGUGAUACGAGACGUUGAUUACAUAGUUGGAGAGCAAAGCUACAUUUACUACGAGCCACCCCGGAUCGAUGAGAUCAAGCCGUCGGCAGCAAGGGUGGGGCAAGAGGAGAAGAUCACCAUCCUCGGGAGGAAUCUGGACAGGGAGUGUGGGAUCACUCUCGGGUCUCAGCGGGCAGAAGUAAGCGAGUAUGUCUCGUCCACCAUGGUGGUAGUGUUGGUGCCUGGGCGUGCAAGGUCAGCGUGGCAGGGGAACAUGACUGUUGGGAUCAGCAGGAAUGGAGUUGACUGGGACACCCAUGGGUUUGGGUACGAAUGGACUUCGGGCUUUGUGGUGAUGAGGAUAGAGCCUUCAGUCGGGGGCGUGGACGGAGGAGAUUGGAUCAGGGUGGAGGGGUAUGGGUAUGCAAAGGAGGUGGUGAACAUCAACUUUGGUGAUCGUCAGGCCAGGUGUAAUGUGACUUCGGAGUGGGAAGUGAGCUGCCUGUCUCCUCGCGGCGAGGCAGGGCAAGUGUCAGUGUACGGGGAAGGGUCGAGGGAGACAGAGGGGGCGUGGUUUGUGUAUCACCAACGGGUACGGGUCGAAAAGAUCUGGCCGACAUCUGGUUCACUGGAAGGUGGAGAUACUGUGAUGGUCUUUUUACAAUCAGGAUUGAUUGCAGGAAUGGAUGGGUUUUGCAAAUUUUGCAAUGUAUCUGUCAAGGCAGUUCUUAGUAGGGACAGAAAGGUUUUCAUGUGCAGAUCACCGAGUCAUACGCCUGCUGUUUGCUACUUUGGUUUCUUUUUUCAGUCUCAAAAGAAAGCAUUGUCGGAGGAUCUUGUUUUCGAAUUCUUUGAGCGACCUCAUAUUGACUUCAUCAAACCCUUGAUAGUCUUGAAGGAUAUCUCUUCCAGCAUCAGCGUUUUUGGAUCUGGUUUGUCGCUGAAGAAUCUUUACAUCAAAGCUGGAUUAGCGCCCGAAGAAAAACUUGUUGUCCUGAGUGAUGAUUCUGGACAUUUUCCUAUACACCGUACAAUCACUGGGAACUUGUCGAUCACGAUUCUUGAUGAUUCGUUCUCGCCAGUUUAUACAGCUCAGAUUUCAGUCAUAGAUCAAAUACUAUUGACAUCUGUAUCUCCUCAAAUAUGGUAUCAUGAUACCAACUCUUUUUUGGUCACCAUCAUUGCAAAGGAUCUGCCGCAAAUUGCUCAGACAUCGUCGCUCUCAUGUAAAAUUGGAGCUUAUUCGUCACCUCUUGAGCAGUGUGGGUUUGAAUUGCAAGGAUGUAGAUUACCAUUUCUUGAUGAAGGUUCACAUACGCUAUCUUUGUUCUUUUCAGGAAUCAGAGUGUCAAAGAAUGAAUUAUUGAUUCACAGAUUUGUUUGCAGGUUUGACAGAAUAUUUCUUUUGAAUGAAGAAAACAUCCUGGUUUUGGGAAAGUUCCUUGUUGGGCAGACGUAUCAUUGCAAAUUUAAUUCGUCCUACAGUCUUCUGGCGAUGAUGAUAUCAAGUACUAGUAUAACAUGUGGAAGUCCAUCGUUAAUUGAGAUAAACCAUUUUGAAAUAUUCAGCAAUGAUUCUGUCUGCAGCGGAGAGAAUGUGACAUUCAUGGAACCAAUCCCCAGCAUAGAUCAAGUAGCAGUCGACUACAUCAGUACCCCAGGAAAAGUUCUCUUAGAAAUUUCGGGAUCCAAUUUUCUAAUAACAAAUCUUUCGAAAUGCAAAGUUGGAUCCCACAUCUUCGGCAAGGAUGAGAUACAUCAAAAAUCUCCAAUAUUGUUAUCAAUUUCGACCCAUACAAACAUCCUUGCAAGAAACAGCUCUGUAACACUUUCAAAUGAUGGAAAAAUAUUCUCCAGGCCAUUCUUCCUGAACGAAAACAUGCAUUUGAUAAAAAAUAUUUUCCCCUCCGUAGGACCUUCCGCAGGUGGAGUUGAGAUAAACGUCCUUCUCGACGACCAAGGGUGGUCGUUCGGUGGGAGUGCUGCCUGUGAGAUGAAUGGCAUCAUGACGCCUGGAUCAUUCACUCAGUCUGACGUUGUGCAAUGCUACCUUCCACCAGUCUUGCAAGGUCUGGUGAGCAUUUCGGUACACAUCGGUAACCACCACAGCCAAGGCCUGGGAUUCUUGGUGUAUGAGCCUAUGAAGGUGUCUGCUGUGCUUCCUUCUGAAGGGCCCACUGCAUUGAAGUCCAUGGUGACGAUAUUGGGCUCUCACUUCCUCGCGGAAGCCGGGCUUGCGUGCUGGUUCGAUCAGACACCUUCGAGCGAACCAGCUCAAGUCUUGACGUCUACAUCUUUGACCUGCGUCGUCCCGGCAUUACAAGCUGACGGUGUCCAAGUGACAAUCAGAAGCAUGGAUGACAAGGUGCAGGGAGAGAGUGUGCAGUAUCUGCUGAAGCAGGUCCCACACAUCAAGAACGUCCAGCCGACACAAAGCGAUAGUGCCACAGAUCUCAUCACGUUGAUUGGCGAGGGGUUCAGCGGUUCUUUGCUACAGUACUGCCGGUUUGGGUAUCAGCAUCUACGAUCAAGGUUGACGCCGCUUUCGGCCUCGGCAGUUGUGUGUGAGCGACCAACAAAGGCCGUGGGCAACAUGUCGUUGACCUUGGAGUCAGAGGAUUCGAGUCACAAGAGCAUGCCAUACACGAUCAUGUUUCACUCUCGUGAAUCUGUGAUGACCGCACAGCCGUCCAUGGCAGACGUGAGUGGCGGCACAGCGGUCUACGUCAGCGGGGUAUUCCCUCCGCAUGCUUCAAUCGAAUGCGUGUUUGAUCAGCUCAGAGUCAAGUCGUCGCUCAUCUCGUCCACUCAGGUCAGGUGCACAGCUCCCCCGCAUGAUGCAGGGGAGGUCCAUCUCGAGCUGCUGAUAGGAAACAAGCGAUCACUUGUAACGAGCUCGUUCUCUUUUGUUGACGCUGGAGUCCCAGAAAUAUCCAACGUGAUACCUCGGCGAGCUUUAUCCAACAAAGGAGGAGUGGUGACGAUAUACGGUCAGAAUUUCUUGCCUGGACUAAGCCUCUGCGAGGUCGGCGGAGACAGCACUGCAGUCAUGGGAGACUCCAGAUCGAUGGUGACAUGCAAUCUUUCUCCACAGCCCCAGGGGAAGUAUGAGCUAUCAAUAUACACACCUGCAGUAGAUGGCUUCUCAAACAAGAUACUCAUUUCAUACGAAGCAGCCCCGACGGUUUCUGGAUAUGUGAAUGGGGUACUUCACUCAUCCAUUACAGUGAUCGGGUCUCAUUUCUUGUCGGUGGAGGACCUUGUCUGCCGUUUGAACGCCUCGUCAUCUCAAUCUCAACCCGGACAGUGGCUGUCAUCCAGUCUGGUGAAGUGCUCGAUUCCCCAACGCCAUGAAGGUCCGACAACGCUGAGCGUCUCGAUGUUUGGGCUUGAUGAGUGUGUUGGAGAUGUCGUGUUUGAGGCUGUUCCAAGAUCGAGGGCAAUCUUGAUCACUCCUACCAUUGGUCCAUUGGGAGGUGGUACUCGGGUUGAGGUGUCGGCAAGCGACUUGCCACAGAGAGGUGCUUUAUGCUGGUUUGGGCAGCUAGCGGUCGAAGCAGAAGUAGUUGAGAGCGACAAGGCUUAUUGCAUAACACGAGCAGUCGAAUAUCCAGGAGCCGUCAAGUUUGGAAUAGGACAAGAGCGGGAGGAAAGGGACAGCCUUGACCUGAUCUUUGAGUUUGCGAUGCCUCCGAGCAUUUCUGGUAUCCAUCCUUUGCAAGUGCCACGAGUAGACAACACGAUUGUGGAGGUAUAUUCCCGACUUCAGGGAGCCAUCGGGGUGGUUAUCCCAUAA